AUGGGAGGUGGUUUGAUUGAUGACAAGGAAUGCAUGAGCAAGCAAUUAAGUAAAAGCAAAGGCCAGAAGACAUUCCUUGUAUGCGACCCCGAUCCUAUACGAACUAAAGGUUGUGGCAAGCGUCUAAAGUCGAGUAAAGAGAAAGCCAUAUCUCAAAGUGCUCGAUCUUGUAGUUUGUGUGGACAGAGAGGCCAUGACAAGCGCAAAUGUCCUAGUCAUAGCAAUCACCUUGAAGAUGAUCCAUAUUGUCCAGACAUGUCAAAAGUGACAAAUCCCGUUGCUGUGACUUCUAAUUCCGUAUCUCUUUGGGUCAGUGUACUGGAUUGUCUCUUCAGCAAAUGCAAAUGCAUAAGCCGCACAAGACAGAAGAGGCCAACUUGUUUGUUUCAGAAUGAUCAGUUCAAUGGCUCAACUUGUUUGUUUCAGAAUGAUCAGUUCAAUUCUUUGUGUCUCCAAGUUGUACCAUGGAUCAUCCUAACUUGGACGGCACCCCGACGGAUUUCACCUUCCAAUGGCGGAGACGACCAGCAGCAAGUCGCCGGUCAACCUGCAGACCAUGAUCAGGCCCAGCCACCGGUCAACCCACCGACGCCAGAUCCUCCGCGCGAUCUCCAUUAUGUGUCGCUGAUGUACUUCGGCUCCGGCAACUCCUGGUAG